GAUUGGUUCCAGGGCACUUCCGUAUAUAUCAUCUGUUCAGAUGAUUGCUCGAAGCCCGCGAUUUACGAAAAAAAAUCUGUAAACACGAUGUAUUGAUUCCAAACUUACCCCUGACUAUGGUUUCGACGUCUUAAAAACGAGAGUGGCUGUUGCGACCCCGUUUUGAGCUCGCUGAAACGCAACUUUGUUUGAAGUGCGAUUCGUAGACAGCAUGCUAACAUGUCUGAGCUAAUAACACAGGGGAGUUAGCGUUUCCUUGUCGACUGUCGUCAACAAACCGCGGCGUCCAUUGUAUGCUUCAAAGGCAUCCAAUUUGAUUUGCAGCUGGAGAACCUACAACAACAAUGUCACUCGCCACCGAGUCUCGUUUUGAAGCCACACGGCACUUCGCGGAGAAAGGAGCGACUAUUUGCGUGGUACCUGAUCUCACCUCCGACCUGCUGGGGGACGAGUUCGACUUGAACAAGUCCUACCCCUGUGCUCAGAGACCACUGCAGAAAAGAAACAUGUUGGAAUUGCAACGACGUUACUUUUGUGGACCAUCCCCAGCAGCAACAAAGCCCCCAUUGUCCUGCGUGCAUCUUGACUCGGACACAUCUAUUGACGUCCUCCCAUGCCCACCUACAAUGUCAGAGACAGAAGACAAGCUUUAUAGUCAGCUUGUUUCUACAGAUUUGGGGCUGCCCGUCUCGCUACUGGCACUCAACCCAAACAAAGUGCUUCUGACAGUAGAUCGCAAAAGUAGAGAGAUAAUAUCAGCCAAUGAUCAAGCCUACAAACUGUUUGCGUGCACCCCGGAUGAGUUGAAUGGAACAAAAUUGAUGUCCAUUUUGAAGAAAACCACUCAGGUCUUGGAAGAUGCGUUGCCUGAGGACUGUCUGCUAAUGGAUGGCAGUGUUGCAUCAGUACCUGGCCAAGUGGUUGAUGUUCUGACACCGUCUGGCGAGAUGCCAAUGUUGGCGUGUACCCUCCAAGCGUCACAAAAUGGAGAACAUCUCCUCGUCAAGAUGGAGAAUGUGGAACGGAUUUCCGCUUCUCUGACGUUUACGCAAGAUGGCAAUAUUCUUACCUGUGACUCUGCAUUUGCUCAUCUCCAUGGAUACCACCAUCCGGAGGACUUAAAAGGACUCUCUGUUAUGGAGCUAAUCCCCUCUUUACAAAUCCCCCUGCACUGUCAGGCAUUGCCCAAAAUGCUGAGUGUUCAGAGAGUGUGUGGUAGGAGUAGAGAAGGCGCAUCGGUGCCGCUGUGCGUUAAGCUUCAGGGGGCGGUACAGUGCGCAAGACCCCAACAACAGCACAGUGGGAUGAGCCUUGGCAGAGAAAAUGCACACAAGGCAGAAGACUUGCAACCUGAACAUUGUCAGCAAUCUGUUUACGCAGACAUCAAGGGAGACAGCAGGGUCCUCUCCCCCAGCCCCACACUGGAGUACAAUGGAACCAUCUGGGCAUUUGCCCCAGUGUGCAGCCUCCUCCUGCUGCAAGCUGACGGCUCAAUCUACAGCAUCCACAAUCGACAGGCGCUCGGUCUGUUUGGCUACAGCAAGGACGAGCUGCUCGGAAAGUGUGUCACGUUCCUCAUGCCCAGUUUUUAUGGAUGGAUGUCCGAUUCGGUCAGGAAGAUCAGUCCCUUCCCAGAGUCUCAAGCAGAAGCUGUCAAAAGUACAGCGAAAUCUGUCAUCGACCCGUCCUCGCUGGUGGCUGGAGACAUGGCCAUGGUACAGGAAGCCUGCCGAUGGAGAUCCUCCACAGGCAGAGGCCGAAUCUUCACCGGGAACUGCACCAGACUUGACAAACGGGGAAGUGCUCUCUCCACGCUGUCUUCUCCCGCUGUCUCUUCCACACGUGUAUUUAAUGCUAAUGACACCGAAGAGCUGUUGCAGCAGGCAGCCCAGGUCGCUGCCGGUAGUAGCCACUCUUCAGGGACAGGCAAUAACACCGAAGCUCUCCUGAAGACUUUUGCCUGGGUGGACCAGCCCGAGGGAGAUGCCGCCUGCAUGCUUUCGACUGAGCAACCAAUACAGAAACAUGAAGAGCUGCGCCUGGAAAAUGAAAUCAGUGCAGGCACUCCCACUCAGAAUGAGCAAGCUUUUGGAAGUGGGGGUUUCAAGUCUUCUGGCGUUGACAAAGACACACGCCCAUGUACAUCCGUCCUGCAAGACUCCAGCUUUGAGGUCAUUUCAAUGGAAAGCAGGUCUUCCUCCGGCUUUUGCGAAAAGUUUGCUGGCCACGGCGGUUCCGGUCCAUGCCGGGCAGAGAUCAGCUGUUUCCUGGAUCUCAACAGCAACGGCGACCUGGUGACCCGAGCCCUGGCUGACUUGGAUCUGAGCAGCGCUGUGCUUAUCAGCCUCCCAGGGGGCAGUGAUGAAAACCGGCACUCCAUGACGUCCUGCGAUACGGCCGAGCUCCUGCGCACACCCUCCCCGUGCGACGUCGAACCUGAAGAUCAGCCCGUCAACGCCAAUAAGGAGGCCAAGAAUCGCUCCGCGGAAGAACAGUUGGAGAACCGGGCUGGGACAGAUCAGUGGCCCGCUCUUUCGUCCGUUCACAAAGAAAGCGUCCAGGAAUUCUGCUUGAAUGGGGAUAAUGGCGAGGUGCAGUCGACAGUGGACCUUCCCGCUACAUCCACGCCAAAGAAACAGAAGAUGGAAAAGGGUGCGCUCAAGUCAGAUGCGCCGCAGUUACUGGAGGGACGUUUUGAAGGAAGUGCUUACCACAGAGAUGGCACGAGAGUCGAGGUGCAGUGUGACGUGGUCAGAGCCGACCUUGCCGAUGGAAAACCAAUGUUCUGCGUUUGGCUGAGCAAGGCCGGCCAGCAGUGGUCAAUGUCGCAAAGAGAUCGAUCCCUGCUCGACAAAUCAGCAGCUAGUCUUGGAGAGAGAAUCGGCGAGGCGUGUCACGGCGAGGCUCUGCGCUCCACCCUGGACCUCGAACACUCUCGGGCAUGCGACGGGCAGUUUGAAGAAGAGUACAAGCCUAUUAAAGCCGUCGGUAAAGGAGCCUUCGGUUUUGUCUGGAAGGCAAUAAGGCGCUGUGAUGGGCAAGAAACAGUUGUGAAGUUCAUAAGCAAGGCAAGGAUCGUGAGCGACUGCUGGGUAGACGACCCAAUGUUGGGCCUAGUCAGUCAGGAGAUCGCCAUCCUGACUCGAGUGCAACAUCACAACAUCGUCAAGGUGCUGGAGGUCUUUGAGAACGGCAGUUACUUCCAGAUGGUCAUGGAGAAACACGGAGACGGUUUGGACCUCUUUGAAUUCAUUGACAUGCAGCCACGACUGGACGAGCCCCUGGCCAGCUACAUCUUUCGACAGCUGGUAGCGGCGGUCUUCUACCUGAGGUCAAAGAACAUCCUGCACAGAGACAUUAAAGACGAAAACAUCAUCAUUGACAAGUGUUUCCACAUUCGCCUCAUCGACUUUGGCUCUGCGGCAACGAUGGCUCCGGGGAAGCUCUUUUUCAAUUUCUGUGGCACGCUCGAGUACUGCUCCCCAGAAGUGCUUCAAGGAAACCCCUACAAGGGUCCCGAGUUGGAGAUGUGGUCUCUGGGGGUUUUGCUCUACACGCUGCUGUUCAGCGAGAACCCCUUCUGUGGUGUGGCCGAGAUCCUGAAUGCCCAACUCAAGCCCCCUUUUCCACUCUCCUCAGAACUGAACAGUGUGUUAUGUGGGCUGCUGCACCCUGAGCCCACCCUAAGGAUGACCCUGGACCAGCUGCUUCUGCAGCCCUGGAUCAGCCAGCCCAUUUCGCUGGCCGAGUACACCUGGACGGAGGUGUUCCCUGCAACUCAAAGCAAUUGCUUACUGCAGCGCCACGAGUCCAUUCCCCAAAGGUAUGGGGGUCAAGACUUGUUCCCAGAUCAAGGUGAUGACACUCUUCUGGAUGAGGAGGACGAGGAAGACCAGUUGUCCAUGGCGGCCUUGGAAUCGGAGCUCCAGAAAUACCUCCAUGAAAACUAGAGACUGAAUAAAGCCCAGCCGUCCAGCCAAUGUUUGUUUUGUUGAUGGAAGUUCCUGCAACGAAGGUAAAAUACAUUUUGUGGAGCAACUUCUUAAGUUCAUAUAUUUUUUAUUUAUUCUUUUAGGUCUUUUUAAAGCAGUAAAAGCUUAGCAGUACCUCACAUAUUUCAUCAGUUCACCUGUAUAAUUAAAACCGUAAAAAGAUGACACCUCAAAAUGACGGGUUUUUUUUUUAUAUCAAUUUGAUUUUAACACUAAAUGGAAUAUAAAUUAUAUUUAUCUUAUCUAUUUAUUUUUAUCCACAAAUACAUAUUUUACCUUGAUUUUGAAUGUUUGUCCUCGUCUCUAAUAAAUGAAAUACAUUUGUUUUGCAAUUUGUACAAGCAACAUGCAACACUAUUUUACCUCGUGAUGUUUUGAUACAAGUCUGUGUGAUUUUAUAAAGAUUAAAAACCUUUUUGGGUAAAAACUCCU